AUGAAGAGUCCUGAACCAGCUUACCAGGGGGUUGCCAAGGUACCACGCCAAUCCCCCACAACCAUUCCGCCCCUUUCUGACAUGGUGCUAUGGCUGCAGGUGAGUGCAGACCAAUACAAUGUGUUUGUUGAACCUCUGCCUAAUAGUGAUUCAGAGUGGUAUGUGGGACGGACCCUGACGAGGCUCAGCGGUGGCCGGGUCCCAUCCAGAGUGACUGCCUCGGACAUCAAAGGAGAACAGGAAAUGGUAUUGGACAGUGUGGCACCGGACAUUAUUGGAGUAGCCAUGAGGCGUUUGAGGACUGACCUGACUGCAGAUGAAGAGUCUCACCCAGUUCUAUCUCUAUAG